UCGAGUUUGGUUUUCAGCCGUUGCCUCUGCCUGCCCCUCAUGCUACCCCGACUCGUGUCGUUCCAGAGCAUUCGCCACGUCCGCGCGCUGUCGACGUCUGCUGCUGAUGCCGCCGCGGCAUCUCUCCAAAAGGGUUUCUCCAAGAGCCGGAAGGACGACGACUCCACAGCCCGGAAUGUGUUUGUUCCGUCUAACGUGGAAACUACCAAAGCAAGCGAGAGUGUGCCGACGUCAACGCCUGCAUCUUCUUCCCACCCGUGGCUGGACAAAGUCCACGAAACGCACGUGAAUGCUUUCGCUCCGAAAAUCAUCGUCGUCGGAGUAGGCGGCGCCGGUGGCAACGCAGUGAACAAUAUGAUUGCGCGGGGCCUGCAUGGUGUCGAUUUUCUUGUCUGCAACACAGACGCACAGCACCUCAAGACAACCCUCACCGACAAUCGCAUUCAAAUGGGGUCCGACCUCACGGGGGGACUUGGUUGUGGUGCCAACCCCGAAGCCGGGCGCUUGGCGGCGGAAGCAAGCUUGGACGAGAUCAUGGAGCGAAUCGGCAAUGCCAACAUGAUGUUUGUGACGGCUGGAAUGGGAGGUGGCACUGGGACUGGUGCGGCGCCCGUGAUAGCUCAAGCCGUGCUGGAUUCUGGUAUUUUGACCGUGGGGGUUGUGACCAAGCCGUUCCGGUUUGAAGGUAGCCACCGCAUGAAGCUUGCGGACCAGGGGCUCCAUGAACUCAAACAGAGCGUCGACACGAUGAUUGUCAUCCCGAAUCAAAACCUGUUCAACAUGUCGAAUGAAAAAACGUCGCUCAUGGAUGCUUUCCGCAUUGCUGACGAUGUGCUGCUGUCGGGGGUGAAAAACAUCACGGACCUCAUGGUGAUGCCGGGUCUGAUCAACCUCGAUUUUGCCGACGUCCAGUCCGUCAUGACUCGCAUGGGGCCUGCCAUGAUGGGUAGCGGCGAAGCUGAAGGCGACAACCGGGCGCUGCGUGCUGCCGAAGCUGCGUUGUACAACCCGUUGCUCGGGGAUGUGUCGGUCAAGGCGGCGAAAGGCAUGCUUGUCAACAUCACUGGCGGUCCCGACAUGACGCUGUUUGAAGUGGACGCUGCUGCCGAGCGCGUGACCCAGGAGGUAGAAGAUCCCUUGGCCAACAUCAUCUUCGGAUCAUCGUUCGAUUCGGCGAUGGCGGGUCGUAUCCGCGUGUCGGUCGUGGCCACGGGCAUCUCGGAUGCUUCCACCAGUUCUAAAUGAACGCAAACGUAGAUGUAUCAAUUUUUGGAAUGACAUUCAAAAAAUCGUUUUUUUUUCAAC